AUGGCACUGAUAGAAAUUUGUUUUUUCUACCUAUUUUGUGUCUCUUCAAUAUCGACAAAUACUGAUUAUGAUGGAGAUGUACAAAACUACGACUCAUAUAAUGAAGGCUUCAAUACAGAUGUAUGUAACUCACCCAUUACACCAUUUAGCACUCCUGAUAAAAGAUUAGCAAGCUAUGUUCUUGGAGAAAACGAAACACCAAUAUCAGACCUAGGCUUAUCAUACGACUGGUAUGGUCAGCCUAACUAUAAGAUGUAUUCUGGUAACAAUCCAGGAACCGACAGAUGUGGAACAGUUCAACAGGUUUAUUUUGAAGAUGAUUCUGAAGCAAGUCAGUCGACUAAUAUAACUCAAUUGUGGGCGUGUGUAAAUUAUAACAAUAGUUGUAAUUACAGGAUCCCUAUUAGUGUGACAUUCUGUGAGCAACUUAAUCAUCAUGUAUAUCGUAUAGAUCCUGCAAUACCUCAAAAUGCCAGCUUUUGUUUAGAAAGAUUCAAUUCACCAUUAAACUACAUCACCGACGUUGAAGUGAUAAUACCACCACCAGUUGAAGUGGCCGGACAAAUGAAAUAUCAGUUCAGAUGUAUGUUCGAUUUAUCGACGAGUGAUAACUAUUGGUAUCACGUCACGUGGUAUAGAGAUGGUCAGAUCAUUAAAAAUGUCCCGCCAAUAUCACAUAGUAACAAUCCAGUUGGUGGGUCGGUACUGGAUGAAACAAUGUUUGGUGGAGGACUUGGCUUUGAGGUACAAUGUGCUUAUGCAGUAAGUCUUCAAGCGGAUUCUGAAACUGGUUAUGUUAAGAAAAGUACUGAGAGAUACGUAGGAAUAGAGCUUCUUACACCAACUGUAAAUAUUGCUGAUGGAAGUAAGUCAGAGAUCAAAGUCAGACCAACAAUUCCAAUAGGUUGUCCAAACUCAAAUCCUGAAUGUUCUCUAUCCGUAAACAUUAUUGAACCACCUUCUUCAACUUCCAGUUGCGAUCCUGAAUCAAGUUUUUCAGAUUGUGGAAUUUCUAUCUCAAGCAGAAACUGGGAUCAGGAGCAUUCAGUUAAAUUAUCUGUAAAUGCAGCAACUCAGUAUGGUGCUAAAUCAGCUAUUAACACUAUUACUCUGAAGACCUCAUCGAGUUUUCCAUCACAUAGUAUAUGGCAAGAUUACAUCAUUGGUACCGUUAGGAUUCGCACCAGUCAAGAUACUACAGCAACUCAAGGAAGGCAUUGUUCGGCUGUUUGUGAUCCCCAUAUGCGUACCUUUGGUGGAUUGUAA